AUGUCCCACACGCAGGACCACGCGAAGAAGACUCCACUGUUGGGUGGAUCAAGCCGAUCACCAACAAUUUCACAGCACGAAGACUCCUCGAAUACUACAAGUGACGUGCAGCCACCAGCUCCAAGACGCUCCGAAGUUCUCCGCCAUGUCUUUCCUCGACCUUCAAGAAGUCGCGAUCCUCACAACCAUAAGAACAUGCCUCGUGUCGCCAAAGCCGAUUGUCCCAAUACUGCCCUCGUGUCUCGGCUACAGUCCAGACCACGUGUUGCUUUUCACAGAUACAUCACAUCCUUCUUCGGUGGUGCCCACGAUCGUAACGUAGUCGCAGAUCUUCCCAAGGCAAGAUCGCGGGCAUCCAGCUUUGGUUCUAGGCCGGGGUCCUCCCUAUAUGGUUCAGUACCUAGCCUGGAUGUCAUCUCACCUACUGCCUUCAUGUUCAGUGGACCAAGUCUCCGGUCUGCCGGAUCUCAUAGCGAUUCGCUGUCCCGCCUUCCAAGUCUCGCGGAGACAAAUAGCGAUGUACAACUAAUACGUCGGGCACGAACUGACUCUUUUUCAAUGCUCGACAGUAGCAGUGUUACUGAGGAUGCAAUAUUGGAGCCUGGUGUCGACGAAGGCAUUACCCGCACUGUAAAUGACGUUCUGCUUGGCGUUCGCACGCCGACAGAAAGGGAUGAAAGCUCUUCAAUCGUUACACUCGAGGAUAGCUCAUCAGUCUUUAGUGACACACAAGAGCACGUCGUUCGCAAUCGUCUUCAUUCCGUCAGAAAUAAUUCCACUUCUCCCGUGUGUACUUUUGCUGCACUCCUCUCGCCAUAUUUGGAUACGGCUACUUGGAGCGCGUUACGCCUAACAAAUCGUGCCUGGUACCUCGCUUUAAGCGUUGCAGCACCACCGACGUUUCCGAGCUCGUACCACCUUCCGGUGGAAAUACUUCACCACGUAUACGAUUACCUUAGUCCAAAGGACUUCAAUGCCGUACGCCAUACUUGUCAGCACUGGAUGCGGGCAAGUCUUGAUAAGAAACUGCUGACUACGAUGCUAAGAAGAGGUGGCUGGCUGAGUGGCGCUGAGGAUACCAACUGUAGAGCCCGCAGUGUUUCUUCUCAUCCCAUCGCAGACACUGUUUCGCAAAGCAAGGAAUGGUUACUCAGUCGGCACCUUUCUCGGCAGUGUGCGUUGUCAUCUGGGUGGACCGGAAACGGACUGGACACCAAAGUCGCCAUUACAGAAAGAUCCGAAGUCGACUUUUCUGAGCUAGCCAACGGAUAUGCAGGUGGUUUGGUAUUUGCCACAAGUCUCUGCAGCAGAUUCGUGUGCGUAGCACGAGAGACUCUAAUCUACAUCUACGACCUAGAUAAUGGCGUUCCUGUCCCUAUCACGAGUGUCAUCUGUCCAAGAAGGGUCCUCGAGGUAAGCAUGGACGUCUCUUCUGGCCGACACGCAAUCGCGGCCCUCCUCGAAGGACGCAUGGGUCUGGUUUGCGAGCUCCAUUAUGGUCGCACGAUUAGAGGCAACGAUCCUGUUGAGGUUCACGUUGACGUUGAUGGCCAAGAGAAGGGCACCGCAUCAGCAUCUAUUCAGACCAGCUGUGUCAACGACUAUGAGACCGGUAUGAAUCUUCAAGGACGCAGCAUAGCUCGUAUGCAUCGUCCGUUCGUCCAAGAGAGAGAUCCUGCAAGCUUUGACACGAUUAGCGUAAGGUCGAACAACGAGCACAUCAAUCUCCAUAACACCAAUGAUUGUCGGACGUACGAUCAACACUUCAUCAACCACGCAUGGAACCUCAUCCUGUCCGGGCCCUCGCGAAAUCACACAGCCCAGGCAAAUUGUAUUUCCCGCUCAUGUCUUCAUAGUGUUCCUGUUGAAACCGGGACAACAACGAUUUAUCGCCACCUGUGCGCUGAAGACGAUCCGCCACGCAGUAUCUCGAUAUGCCCACAACGUCGCUGUGUCGCCUUCGGCUGUUCUGCAGGCAUCGAGUUGCAUUGGAUAGAUGCGCUCACAGGUCAAAGCCUGAGUCGCGACCACCUGUACUUUCUUUCACCAAGACCAGGCUUUGAAUCGGCCAAGAAGCUGCGUCUCAUAUCCAGUGCAGCCCAUCCAGAAGACCGGCCCGCCAUUAGCCGUAAAUUCUUUGGUCGCCCUACUAUGAGCGCUUUCUGGGGUUCAUUUGGGUUUGAAUCUGCGUCGAACCAACCAGGAUCGCCGAACUGCGAUCACUAUCAUGCUGUUCCCCUGAGCGACGGAUACCACAUUCUGUUCAUCGACCCAGCCAAUGGCCUACUAACAUUAGGCUGCGACGCACCGCUUGGUGGACCCACGAAACUCCUUCGCAAGAUCACAUUCAUCCCACCGGAAAAGUAUAUGGUACCAAGGCUGUACAUUGCGGCUGCGGACUUGUCUCAGGGUGUUCGCGUCGUUGUGACUUACGGCGAAACCCUCGUGUUGUAUAGCGUCCCCCCGGAUGUCAUUCAACUAUCACAGAUGGAGCAAAAUGUUAAGAGCUGGGAGUCUUACACUGCCUCUACGAAUCUAACAUUGAGGCACCAGAGGGAUCAUUGGCUCAAAUAUGGCACGGAAAUCGGAAGAUUGAUAGGCGUCUGCGAGCUCGCAAUACAAACUCAGCCGGAGAUUUUGGUUUGGGCUUUCACGCAGACGUCUAGAUGCAAAACGUGGCGUCUACAAGAUUACACCAGGCCUGUUCGUGUUACCCAGAGGUAUGCCUGCCAAAACGGCAUUAUACACAACUCCUUCUCUACCGAAGAGGCCGGGGAUGUCAACAUGACAGACGUACCACACGCUACAUCGGUCAGGAAACCAGUCGAUGUCCACCCCACGGGUGACGAAACUGAGACGUCUCAAGCACAGAGAUCGUUUCCCAUUGGAUUUGACGGGAAUGGUUCCGGCAUCUUCAAGAGGAUUCCUAGAGCACUAGCUGUGGAGAGUGAUGAAUGGGUGGAUUACUUGGAUGUAAGAGGUUCUUCGGAGGCACGGUAUGGGGCCAAUGGCGACGUGGAGAUGUGGUACUGAGAUUGAGGACCCGUUCAGAGUGGAGACGAUGACGAUGGCGAAGUGUAGUGAGCCCGAUCGAGAAGUGAGCCCUACAUUAGACAUCCAACUAUUUCUCGUAAGUCCUUUAACCUGACGAUAUUCUAUGCCACAAAAACCAUAACUCUCUGGGGAAAAGUCUAGAUCAAACUGAAA